AUGGCCACCGUCUCAGCACCUACUCCUAAGUUGGAUCGCUACAUUGUCAUCCACGUCGCAACCACCUGCGAUGAACAUGGCGUCUACGUCACCAAGGACUCUGCAGAGGUGAUCGAAUUGGGGUGGAUUUUGUUGGAUACCAAAACCUGCGAGGAGUUACACCGCGAAAGUGUCCUCGUUAAACCCGUCAACACUCCGAUCACGCCGCUUUGCACAAGCCUGACAACUCUGACAUGGGAACACGUCCGCUCGGCAGGUACCUUCCGCGACGCGAUCAACCGCUUCGAUGCUUUUGCCCAAGAACACCUCAUCAGCAAGAAUCUCGAGUUCGCCUUCGUCACGUUGGAUUCGUGGGAUCUGCGCGUGCAGCUGCCCCGGGAGGCUCGAGACAAGGCCGUUGUCCUUCCUCCAUAUCUUCAGCACUCGCGGACCUUCGAUCUCCGCACCGAAUACCAGCGAUGGCAGACGCAUCAUCCUGAGUCCCUGCCCUUCGGACCCAGCUCGCUUUCCAACAUCUGCGCCGCUCUCGAAGUCGAACCCGUCCAGUCGUCCGCUCCCAUCAAGCACAACCUUCCCUUCCACCUCCAGGCCUUGGCUCCCGCGUCUCCUCGCCGCGCAAUGGAGGAGGCCAUCACUCUGGCUCGCGUGCUGCGCGGCUUGAUCCGCAAGUCCCAGCCCCCACACGAGCAUCCGGAGAUCCUGACUCGGCCUAUGGAUGCCCGAGCGGAUGUGCGUGCCUUCUUGACCGAACGCAGCAAGGUCCUGCACCUCAGCGGCUUGCCCCAUGAUACCACGCAGUCGGAAUUGGAAAGCUGGUUCACCCAAUUCGGUGGCCGUCCCAUCGCCUUCUGGACGCUCCGGACCCCCGAUCAACACAAACCCACGGGUACCGGCUUUGCCGUGUUCUCGUCCCACGAGGAGGCUGCUGAAAGUCUCUGCAUGAACGGUCGCGCUUUGAAUGAAAAGGCCAUUGAGGUCUCUCCCUCAUCCAGCCGUGUUCUGGAUCGUGCCGCGGAGAUCCUCACCCCCUUCCCUCCUUCCAAAAACCGUCCCCGCCCUGGUGACUGGACUUGCCCCUCUUGCGGCUUCUCCAACUUCCAGCGUCGCACCGCUUGUUUCCGUUGCUCGUUCCCUGCCAUGGCUGCGGCUCCGGACCCGAUGGGCUACGGGGCUUAUGGCUAUGGCCCCCCAUCCAUGAUGCCCCCUCACAUGGGCCACAACCACGGCAUGGGCCAUUCUCGCGGCUUGGGUGGCAACGGUGGUGUGGUCCCCUUCCGGGCCGGUGAUUGGAAAUGUGGCUCGGAGGGAUGUGGCUAUCAUAACUUUGCCAAGAACAUCAACUGCUUGCGCUGCGGAGCCCCUCGCUCGGGCGCUGCGGUGGUCGCUGACUCGGCGUUCCCCUCCCCCAUGGACCCUCCAGCUGGCUUCGGCAUGGGUCCCAACUCCAUGACGAGCACUCCGGCUCCUGCGCCCUUCACCUCCGCGGCCGGCGGCUUUGGUGGUUUCAGUCAGCAAUUCGCUGCUCCGCCCAACAACUAUGCCCUGCCCUCCGGUCUGGGAAGUGCUCCCGGUGCCUAUCCUCCCAUGGGUCAGGUGAACGCCGGCUACGGCUCCACCAAUGCCUCCCAUACCGCAUCCUCGUUCUCCAACCCUGCCACCCAAGCGGCCUUCAGCGGGGCUGAUCACGCCUCCUCCACGAGCGCGUCCAACGGAGCCUUCUAUGGCACCGAUGGCUCGAACGAUCCUUUCGCCUUCCUGUCGACCGGAUUGGGUGGGUUGACCGUCUCCGACGAUAGCCACUCUCGCCGUAAUGGCACUGGCGCGAGCAAGUCCCCUGCUUAA